GAGAAUGAAUGAAUGGUCCGAUAUGUUCUAUGAUGUUCGAAUGUUUCUUGGUUCUUUGUUAUGGACACAUCAUUAUAAUGCUUUUGACUCGCGUGGCUUGUGUGAAUGAAUGAAUGUUUUCCUUUUCUGGGUUUCUCCUGUUUCGGUAUAUUUGCUGUGUGAUUGACCACUUCGGUUUCAGUCUGCCCUCAGACGAGAAAAUUCCCCAAGAAAAUUUUCUCCUUCUCUAUCAGAAACACAUACGCUCUGUGUCCAGACGGCAAUUACUUGAUCCUUCUCAGGUUCUGUCUCAUCGAACCGGACGACAAACUUCGUGUUCUUCUGCAGCCUUACGCGGGACAUGGUUGAACGAAGUCACAGCUGGAACAUGCCCGAGGCAGAGGCAGCAGAUCUAAGAAUAGCACUUUACGAACAAAAGGAACUCGUAAGUCGGCUCCGGGAGGAGCUGGAAGCGGAGAGGGAAGCAUCGGCUUCGUCGGCAAGCGAAGCUUUAGCCAUGAUUCUUCGGCUUCAAGGCGAGAAGGCAACCCUCUCCAUGGAGGCUUCUCAGUACAAGAGAAUGGUCGAGGAGCGGAUUUCUCACGUGGAAAUCUCGCUGGUUUUGAUGGAGGAUGUGAUUUAUCAGAAAGAACUCGAGAUCACAUCCCUUGAACACCAACUCCAAGCCUACAGGUGCAAGCUAUUGAGCCUUGGAUACACAGAUGACAAUAAUCCGUCCUUGUUUGUACAGACGGAUGAUUAUAGUGUAAGGAUUUGUGACAGGUCUCAGACACCGUCUCCAGAACCAGUUUUAGAUCUCUCAGUUCCUGUAGAGAAGGGAGUUAUCGAGCAGAGCUUGGAUUCAAGAAAGUAUUCGGAUAAGAUCCACGGAGAUUUCGAUUCUCUCUGGGAGCAGAUGAAGAAGUUGGACGAGCAAGUGAAAGAGAUCACGGAUUUUCGAGAUUCUCUGAGAGAUAAGUACGAGAUUCUGAAGCAAGAUUCUGUAACAGAGUCUGGACAAGGGAAGGGAGAGGUUUGCCAAGAUUUUGCAAGCUCGUCGAACGUUCAAGAUAGGGGAAUAUGCAAACGUGAUUUGCCGGCGAAAAUGGCGUCGAAGCAGAAAAGGCUGGAAAAGAAAGGAUCGAAACAGGUAAGGGACAGAAAUGUCAAGAGAGAACGUGAGUACCAAGCCGAGCUGAAAAGGUUGAGAGAGCGGGUAGAGCGGCUCGAGAUGGAGAGAACAGGGGAGAUCACUGAAAUGAGCGGAGUUAAACGAGAGGAAGAGACGAGCAACUCGGUGAAAUAUGAAGUGGAGAGUUCAAGAACAAUCAAGAAGUCGCCUCCUCGGGAUGACCCAUCUCUCCAUUCCCUUCAAGAGGCAAUGCUUUACUUCUGGAUCUGAGACACAGAUUUUGUCAGAAACUGAACGCAUGACAGCAUGUAAGAACACUAACUCCAGAUUUCUGCAAACAAAUAGCGUGAGAGAAAUAGAACGAGUGUUUCGAUUGGACUACACAUACACUGAUGAUGUAGUAGACAUGGUGUGAAGUGUGUCAUAUAGCGAAAGAGUGAUUCAACCAAGAUUGUCUUGUCUGAAACAUGUGAUUGAGAUUGUAUUUUCGGUUUUUUUCUUUCUAAAGCAAGAUCCAUAUGAUGUACAUAACUUACAUAUCUAAACGAUUCCGAUUUUUGAGUGAAAGCAUCGGAAUUCUCGUUUGCAUGGUUUGGAUCAA